AACGGCAUAAAUACGGGCCCUAGCUUGUUUCUUUUGAUCAGUCAUACGACACAGCGUCCUAUCUUACGGGUCCUGUUAGCUAGCUGUUUGACAUUCAGCAGCUGAGGAGGGACUGACAGAUUUCCAGCGCACUUUAAUGGUUUUUUAGAGACACUGGACUUUGUGUAUUCAAUCAGCAAAAGCAUGAAUUUCAUCAGAUCCCGCCUUUCCAUCGGCAGCCUCCUCGGUCAGAGGAGACAUGUCAUUCAGACAUGGAGCCACAGAGGGAUGUGCAAUAAACUGCAGGCUACCAAAGCGGAGGCCUCACCUGCAGCACCAGCACAUGGUAGGGUUUGAACAGCAGAUAAGCUGCCCACCCCUUUGUCUCAUCUGUACAACCCCAAAAAAGCCACGUCCUGCAUUCAGAGUCCCAGGCUACAGGCCCUCAGAUAUGGACAAGAAGAUGCUGAUCUGGUCAGGGCGCUUCAAGUCAGCAGACCAGAUACCAGAGACUGUGUCGUUUGAGAUGAUUGACGCUGCCAGAAACAAAAUCAGAGUAAAGGCUGCCUACGUGAUGAUGGCUGCCACGAUAGGAGCCUGUAUGAUUAUGGUGUUCAUGGGCAAAAGGGCUCUUGCCAGGAAUGAGACCCUGACGGCACUAAACAUCGAGAAGAAAGCCAGAUGGAGGGAAGAACUCAAGAAACCAAGUGACAGUGCUGUUGCCCUGUCUGACAAGGCUCAGUGAUGGAAGAUGAUUCGUUCAGACACGCUCAUGAUUUAUUCUCAAACCCAAGCCAAUAGCGUCUCACUUUCUGUGUAUACCACAACUUCUCCAGUCCCACCGUUUGGAGGUGUAGUGCAACCAAAAAAAUAUCAGCAGUAAAUUCUGAGUAGUGCUUUUGCAACUAGGAAAUUGGCCUUAACAAUAGUUUGAAAUAAUUUAGUACCUAAUGCAAAAUGUAUCUACUUAGUGAAUGUAUAUAAAUAACAGGGUUAUAAAGUGGCACUUGAUUAAUGGCACAAACCAUUAUUUUGGUAGUGCCAUUUGGUUGUCUCAGACCAGUGGAGGGUUUACUAUUGCUGCAAUGUGCAUUUAUGCCUUGUGAAAACAUUCUUUCCCCUUUUUGUGGAACAUUAAGUAGCUGAUUGGAUGUGACUUGUUCACCUGUGCAGUGGGCCCCUCUAACUGGGCUUCUUAUUUCAUGGCCACUAUGAUGUGCCAUCUGUGUUUGUAUGUGGUGAGCACCAAAACUAGUGCAAUAAAGCAGUUCUUCUAUAAAAA